AUGCCACCUCCCCCAGACGCCGAUCUUUAUGGCGAAGCUACCGGCCCAGCCAAGACCCUUGUGAACAAGCACAACGAGCCACAGCCGGUGAAGCUUUAUGCCGGCUGGUUCUGUCCCUUUGGUUCGUUCCAGUAUACUCCGUGGCGAGAAGUGCGCAAAAUGUCCCUAGUUCAGCGUUUUUGGACAGUCCUUGAAGAAAAACGUAUCCCAUCUCGGUAUAUCGAAGUAAAUCCAUACCAUAAGCCCGAGAGCCUCCUGGAACUGAAUGCGAGAGGCUUGGUGCCGCCACUUCAAUAUGACAACAAGCCACUUUACGAGUCGAGCGUCAUCUUAGAGUUCCUAGAAGACACUUACCCAGAGCAUGGACCCAAGCUGCUCCCUGCGGACCCUUACUCAAGAGCCAGAGUGAGGAACUGGAUCGACUUUGUUACGACGCGUGUUAUACCCAGUUUCCGUCGCUUCCUUCAAUCCCAGUCCGAUUCGUUGAACAAGGACAGGUCAGACUUCUGA